AUGCCUCAAUACAGUUAUUCUAAAAGUCCACUAGACUCUAAAAGUAUUCGUUUGCUCGGUUCAAUGCCAGACGAAGAUCUGACCGCUCAAAUACAUUUCCGACUUCAUAAUUAUUCUCUUCGAAAAUCGGACAGGGGGAUCCAUCUAUAUGAAGCUUUAUCCUAUGUAUGGGUUAGCCCGGAGAGCCCUAAAGUUGUCUAUAUAAACAAUCAUUCUCUAUCUAUCACAGCAAACCUUUACACUGCACUGCUGCAUCUUCGAUAUCGCAGUUUUGAAAGGAUUAUAUGGGUGGAUUCUAUUUGUAUCAAUCAAGAAGAUAAUACAGAGAAAAGUCAUCAGAUUCAAUUAAUUGCGAAGAUCAUUGGUCAAGCGAAUCGUGUAAUUGUUUACCUUGAUGAUGCAGCAGACGGUAGCAAUCAAGCGCUCGAAAGUAUACGUGUUGCUGCGGAAGGUGAAUCCCCAGAAUUUGAAACCCCAGAAGGUGGAUAUCUAAAACAGGAAAUCAGUGAAAUGAACCAGAGGGGAGUUUUUGAACUGCUCAAACGACCAUGGUUUGAACCGAUCUGUGUUUUUCAAGAGGUUGGCUUCGCUCAACAAAUCCUGAUAAUGUGUGGCUCUGCAACAAUAGACGGCAAGCUUUUCUACAAUGGUCACUCAGACUUGGUAAAUCUGAUCCGUCCGGUGAUGUACCUAAUGAGAGGAGUAAUCUUCCAACCAAAACAUGUAACUCGGUUAUCUGGUGCACUUUCUCUAGGCGUAUUGGUAGAUAUGUACCAUACCCGUAAGGCCACUAAACGUCACGACAAGAUAUAUGCCUUGCUCGGCAAGAGUUCCAACAGUCCUAAUCUAGCUGGAUUAUUGCCUGACUACAAGGUCACAUGGACAACGCUGUUGGAGCGACUUGUUAAAUUUAUACUCCCCCAAAAUAUAUCUGUAAAGACUUGGGAGAGCAAGGAGGUAGCACUUAUUGAGAGUAAGGGCGAUGUCCUUGGCUAUGCCUUCUCGAUAGAUGAUGAUAGUACCAGGUUUGACAGACAGUAUGUAACUAUCCCUUCCAACAAUCGGCUAGAAUCUGUGUAUUACAACAAAGAGUACAGCACUCGUUGGUGUUUCCAGGAUUCAGCGAAACCUAUUCGACAAGGCGAUCUCGUUUGUCUUUUGCAAGGGGCUUCAAAGCCAGCUAUCAUUAGAGCAACCAAGGAUCAUUUUGCUAUCAUUUUGAUUGCAGCCACUUUACAAAAACACACACAAGUAAAUAGCGGAGUUUUUGAGUCUCCACUUACCUUGCCUUCGAAACAGAAAUUCUCGCGUGAUUUUUUACUUAUCUGGAACUAG